AUGGCAGAAAAUACAAAUACAUCUCAAAGGCCUGUGAACGCAGAGUCUCAGCUGCUGCUGCUGAUGUCUCUGCUGAUGAAGAGGAGAGGGAAGACAGGGUUAGAGGAAGCCUGGGCGAGGAGAGAGGCCGAGGCUCGGAGGAGGAGGAGAAGAAAAAGCAGGCUCAGGAUGUACCAACAAAAGAGUCAACAGCAGAUUCUAAUGGUAAAUGAUCAACAGAGAAAUAAAGAAACCAAUUCUAAUAACUGUCUGGUUUAACCCGGUAAGGGCCAAACUUCUAGAAUAAAAGGGAAUCGUGACAUGUCACACAUGUCGUGUCCUUAAGGGGUUAAAAGCAAUCACUAUGCUUGGGAUAGGGUUUGCAAUGUGUGCUAAAUCUCAGGAUUUAUUAAUUAAUCAGUGAAUUGAAAACAGGGUUACAAAAUUUAGGCCAAAGCUGUUUUACUAUUCAGUUUUCACUUCAGCAUGUUUGAAGUUUAUUCACUAAACCAAGAAUUGUAAGGAUUGCCCUGUUUUAAGUCGAAAUAUCCGAAUUGGAAAAAUUCGGCAACUAAUAAAUGACAUUCCCUGUUGGACUCCCAAUUUAAUGAAUAAUCUUGUUGGUUUAUAUGGGGUUCAGGCACCAAACAGUUUAUUGUCCUGAAAUGAACCGCCUUUUUAGUUCAUUAUAUAGUUAAUGCAUUAAUACAAUAUAUAAUAGUUUUAAAGUUAAAGGGACACCAUAGGCACCCAGACCAUUUAUUCUCAAUGAAGUGGUCCAGGAGCAGUGUCCCUGUUCUCCUAAAGGGACACUCCAGGCACCAAAACAACUCAAUCUAAAUUAAAGGACCACUACAGGCACCCAGACCACUUCAGCUUAAUGAAGUGGUCUGGGUGCCAGGUCCAUCUAGGGUUAACCCUGCCUGCUGUAAUCUGAAACUGCUAUGUUUACAUAUGGGUUAAUCCAGCCUCUAGUGGCUGUCUCAUUGACAGCUAGAGGCGCUUCUCACUGUGAUUUUCACAGUGAGAAGACGCCAGUGUCCAUAGGAAAGCAUUGAGAAUGCUUUCCUAUGGACUGACUGCGCGCGCGGUUCUUGCCGCACAUGCGCAUUCAGCCAAUUAAGUCGGAAGAAGGAGAGUCCAUAGUGCCGAAGGAGCCCGGUGCUGGAGAAAGGUAAGUGUUUAACCCCUUCCUACCCCUAGAGCGGGAGGGGGGCCAUGAGGGUGGGGCCUUUGGGGGCCUCCUGGCACCAUAACAACUUAAUUUAGAUUAAGUUGUUUUUGUGCCUGGAGUGUCCCUUUAACCCUGCAAUGUAACAUUGCAGUGUUAAGUCCACUUCUAGUGCCUGUCCUAAAUCUCCCCUCCCCAAAUAACUUGUAUUUUUAUAUUAUCAGCUGCUACUGUUGAGAGCAAGAGAGAUGAGACGCCCCCCACUCGAAUCAUUCACCGUUCACCAGCACUGGUCGUUUCUGAAGGAUUUUGGGACCUGUGAUUGGCUUGAUCGGUUUCGGAUGUCAAAAGAUACUUUUGUUUACUUGUGUGACCAACUAAGAAGUCGCCUUCAUCGGCCAGGAUUGGCUCCUGAAGAGAAAGUGGGCAUUGCAUUAUGUAUGCUGGCAUGCCCCAAUCAGAGCUCUCUGCUGUAUGCAAGGUUUGGAAUGCGACGCAAGGUCAUGUACAAGUGUUUGAAGGAGGUAAUGAAAGACCUUUUAUCUAAUAUACAAAACCUCACAUUAACAGAGUUAUUUAUUAAAGUGGACAUGUUGAGAAUUCAAAUGUAGCCAGGGCCGUCUUUAAUAACAAAUGGACCCUGGGCAAGUGUUUGCUUGGGCCCCCUGGGCCCUGCCGCUCUCGCCCCUCACUCCCUGGUAUGCAAUCACGGCAUCCAUCCCAACGCAGUGGCGGUACUAAAGUAGAAUGAAUUUUAUUGGGACCCCCAAUUGCAAGGUUGGACUAAAGGUAGAACCCCAUCUGUCGUGCAACUCCAACAAUGCUUUGACAGCUGGGACUCUACCAAUUUCCCAUGCUUGCAGGGUUGUAUUUAGCACUGAGCCAUGUUUGUAUGUUUGAAUGUAAGCAUGUGUUUGUAUGGAGUAUGUUUGUGUGAAUGUGUUUGUAUGUGGUACUGGAGUUUGAAUGCAAGUGUGCAUUUAUGUGUAGUGUUUGUUUUUGAAUGUAGGAGUGUGCUUGUAUGUAGUGUUGACGUUUCAAUGCAGGAGUGUGUUUUAUAUGUAGUGUUGAAGUUUGAAUGGAGGGGUGUAUUUGUAUUUAAAGUUGCGGCUCAGAUGCACAGGUACACACUCUGACGCACAAGCAGAUACACAGAUACAUACACUGACUACAUACAGAUAAACAGGCACAUACACUGACAGACACACUGACACAGGUACAUAUAUUGACACACACACAGACACAUACACUGGUAGACGUACUGACAGACAUACUGACACACAGACACAUAUACCGACAUACUGACACACACACACAGACACAUACACUGAUCAACAUACUGACACACAUACACUGACAGAAAUACUGACACCCACACACUGACAGAUAUACUGACACCCACAUACACUGAGAAAUACUGACACACACACACACAGGCACAUACACUGACACACACAGACUGACAUACUGGCACACAGACAGAUAUACUGACACAUGCAUACACAUGCACUAACAGACAUACUGACACACACAUACUGACACACACAGAUAUACACACACACAUAUAUACUGACACACAGACAGACAUACUGACACACAGACACAGACAUACUGACACACAUACACUAACACACUAACAUACAUACACUAACACACACAUACACUAACACACAAACACAUAAACACACUUUUUUUUUUUUUUUUUAAAUGUAAUCCCCCCAGCCUCCUUACCUUUUUGGAGUGCUGGGGGGAUUCCCCGGGGUCCAGUGGUGCUGUUGACCCCGGCGGGCAGGUGGCCGGUCAGGCAGGAAGGCGGGCGCGCGAGGGAGCACUCACUGCUUCCUCUUCAGCUCCCUGGCGCGCCGCGUAGGGAUGCCGGCGCUGGAAGAUGACGUCAUCUUCCGGCUCCGGUAUCAGUGCGGUGCGCGAGGGAGCUGAAGAGGAAGCACUGAGUGCUCCCUCGCGCGCCCGCCUUCCUGCCCGACCGCCACCCGCCCGCCGGGGUCAGCAGGGCCAGCCUCGGGGGGCCCUGGGGUGGCCGCCUCCUGGGCCCCCCAGGGGAAGACGCUGGCCCUGUGGGUGCAUACCAGGGUCGCAGCCGCGACCCUGGUAUGUACGCCACUGCCCUAAGUGCAUGGGCCACCCGGUGGGACGGGGAAAAAAAUAAAUUGAUGAGGGCAGCGGGGCCCACGGGGCAGGUGCCUCGGGCCCCCCAAGAGAAACUGGGCCCGGGGCAGCUGCCCCGUUUGCCCCGCGUUAAAGACGGCCCUGAAUGUAGCGGUAUAACCCCCACUAGUGGAUAUGAUCUUUGGUUUGGUGAUUCUCUCGUACGGUAUAUGAAAUUACAAGAUAAAAUCCAGUAGUGUGAUAUUGUAAACAGAAAAUGCACAAAAGCUUCAAAUUUUCAAGUGUAAGGUGGUAUAAUCCCUACCUAAGGAUAUAUCUGCUUUGCACUUUCUUCAGCGGCAUACAUGUACAUAAAAGAGAGGACCGUAUAUGGUGCUCUCUGUAACAGUAUACACUGGAAUAAAAAUGUACUUUCCUAGAGAAAUAAAGUUGAUCAGUAUAGUCAGUGUAGAUGGUACUAUCCCCAGCAUCAGGCGUUCCAGGAAAUAGUACUUUUAUAAGAUGUGCCAGGAACAAAAAUAAGAUAAUUUAAAAUAAAAAAAAGUUCAAAAUUAAAGUGAAUCACAAGUUACAGUAAAUUUGGAUAAAAUUGUGUAUGCGAGAUUGACAGACUUUCUCGAUUCCAACUCUCUGCUAGACCCGCUUCAGUAUGGUUUCCGCGCUAAGCACUCUGUGGAAACGGCACUGACCAAAGUAUCCAAUGAUCUACUCGCUGCAAAAUCUCGUGGUCACUAAUCUAUCCUAAUUCUCCUUGACCUGUCUGCGGCUUUUGACACUGUUGAUCAUCAACAGCUUCUUCUCAUCCUCCGCAAUAUCGGUCUACAAGAUACUGCUCUCUCCUGGUGCUCCUCCUACCUCUCCCAGCGCUCUUUCAGUGUUUCUUUCUCUGGCUCUGCUUCUUCUCCCCCAACUCCUCUCUGUUGGUGUCCCCCAAGGUUCAGUCCUUGAUCCCCUACUGUUCUCCAUCUAUACUGCCUCCCUUGGUAAACUCAUUAGCUCCUUUGGCUUCCAAUAUCAUUUCAAUGCAGAUGACACGCAAAUCUACCUGUCCUCUCCUGAUCUCUCCCCGUCCCUCUUGACUAGUGUCUCUGACUGCCUCUCGCCUGUUUCUAACUGGAUGGCUGCCCACUUCCUAAAACUAAACUUGACCAAAACUGAAAUUCUGGUCUUUCCUCCCUCAAGUGUUGUUACUUCUGUGUCUGUCUCCCUCCAAGUCAACGGUGCUACCAUCAGCUCCAUAACGCAGGCUCGCUGCCUAGGUGUUCUCUUUGACUCCGACCUCUCCUUCAAGCCUCAUGUUCAAUCUAUCGCCAAAUCCUGUCAUUUCCAUCUCAAAAACAUUGCGCGCAUCCGCCAUAAUGAAUGCGGCGGCGAGGCUCAUCUUCCUGUCCGCCCGCACCUCCCAUGCCUCACCCUUCUGUCAGUCCCUACAUUGGCUUCCUAUAAAAUUAUAGAGCUCAAUUUAAAAUUCUGGUUCUUACUUUCAAAUCUCUACAUAAUGCUGCUCCCACCUAUUUAUCCUCCCUUAUACACAAGUAUGUCCCGUCUAGGCCCUUACGAUCUGCUGAAGACUUACGUCUAUCUUCUGUCCGUACUCCCACCUCUGAUGCUCGCCUUCAAGAUUUCUCGAGGGCUGCACCGUUCCUGUGGAACUCGCUUCCCUCCUCCGUUAGAUGCUCACCCAGUCUCCACUCCUUCAAAAAAUCAUUAAAAACCCACUUCUUCAUAAAAGCGUAUCAAUUAAACUGUUAAUAACUCCUGACUGAUUCCUCUUCUGCAACUGUCACUAGUCUAAUACCAUCCUUACCUUUUUGUGUAAUUUUACCCCACUCCCUCUAGCAUGUCAGCUCAACCCGUCUGGUUACAACUACAUGUCUGUUCGUCCACCCAUUGUAAAGCGCUGCGGAAUUUGACGGUGCUCUAUAAAUAUCAUAAUAAUAAUUUGUGCAAUACAAUGAUUUUUUUUUUUUUGAUUUUUAUUUUAUUUUAUUUUUUUUCUAGGUAUGCCAGGCUGUGGUGACUGUUCUUAAACCUAUGUACCUGCUCCCCCCUGACCAUUUUGCACUUCGUGAAAAAGCAAGGAUUUUCAACGCACGCUGGGGUUUUCCACACUGUGUAGGAGCAAUAGGUACACUUCACAUACCUCUACCUACUCAGUCAGAGAGGGACGGUGAAGGCUCUCUUGUGCUGCACACAGUGGUGGACGGGCAAGGCCUGUUGUGGGAUGUUUGUGCGAUCUUUCCCGAGAGCAUGAGCAGUGCUUCCAUCUUGGAAAAUUCUGUCGUCUGGGAGCUGGCACAAGAGGGAAGGCUUCAGAGAGCACCAGAGGACACGUUUUUGAGUGAAGCUCGCAAUUACUUCUUAUUAGGAGAUGCUUCUUACCCACUUCAGGACUGGUUGCUCACGCCGUACCCUCAGAGUAGCAGACAGAGCCAGGUCAGGUUUAACCUCCGACUGGAGCGGGCACGAAGUGUGGCAGAAAUUGCUCUUUUGCGUCUACGUGCCAGGUGGCAGUACCUUUUGGCUCCUCCAGAUUGCACUUUUCUGCCCACAUUGGCAUUGGCAUGCUGUGUGCUUCACAACAUGUGUGAGACUCAUGGGCAAAGUUUUGAUGCACAUUGGUUGGAAGGAGUUGAAACUGGAGGUUCUCCGAUCUCCACCUCCCCUGUCUGUUCCACUACUUCUGCAGACAAACAUGCAGAACGACUACGAAAUGCCAUCUGUGGUUACUUUGAAAAAGAAGGUAACAGUAAUCUAGUCUGA